AGUCCGGAUCUUAGCCAUCGAAAAAAUUCUCAUGAAAAUCCAUUUCUACGAAAAAUCCACUGACAUAAACGCAUUUCUUAGCCCUCAAACACCCCGAAUCCGGUGUUGAAGCGAUGCACAGCCGAAAAAAAGUCCAGGUCUCCUUUGUGAUCCGCGAUGCCGAAGAAAAAAAACACCGCAACGGCGUCAAUGCCUUGCAGCUUGACCACAUCACGGGCCGGAUGUACAGCGCCGGGCGCGACGCCAUAAUUCGCGUUUGGAACUCAAAACAAUCGUCGGACAACUACAUUCAGAGCAUGGAGCAUCACAACGACUGGGUGAACGACAUUGUUCUGUGCUGCGGCGGACGUUAUUUGAUCUCGGCGAGUUGCGAUACAACCGUCAAAGUCUGGAAUGCCCAAAAGGGAUUUUGCAUGUCGACUUUGAAGACGCAUCGGGACUACGUGCAAGCGCUGGCAUAUGCAAAAGAUCGCGAACAAGUCGCCAGUGCCGGUUUAGACAAAGAAAUUUUCCUGUGGGACGUCAAUACGUUAACGGCCCUGACAGCCAGUAACAACACAGUGACCACGAGUAACCUUCAUGGGUCCCGCGAUUCGAUUUAUUCGCUCGCUAUGAACCCCCCGGGCACCGUAAUUGUCAGCGGAUCGACAGAAAAUACGCUUCGGGUGUGGGAUCCGCGAACCUGUAACCGUUUGAUGAAGCUCAAAGGACACACGGAGAACAUAAAAGCACUUGUGGUAUCGCCAGAUGGCACGCAUGUCGUCUCCGGAAGCUCUGACGGCACCAUUAAACUCUGGAGUUUGGGCGAACAAACGUGCAUUCAAACGUUACAUGUGCACGACGAAGGAGUUUGGUCCCUGCUGAUGACCGAAAACUUUUCUCACGUCAUUUCCGGCAGUCGCGACAAGAAAAUUGUCAUGACUGAGUUAAGAAAUCCCUCAAAUAGCGUCGUAAUUUGCGAGGAAAAUGCUCCGGUACUGAGUAUGUGUUACAAUAUCGAUCACACGGGCAUCUGGGCCACUACCUGGAACUCGGAUAUUCGUUGUUGGAAGAUCCCCCGUAUAGAUAAAGGGCUCUAUAAUGGCGCCGGAGCGGGCGAUAACCCCACAAAUUUUGCCAAAAACCAAGAAAUGUCGUUCAUUGAGGGCGGAAGUGCCAUCAAGAAGUACACCGUGCUCAAUGACAAGCGAUUUAUGUUGACGCAGGACUCGGAACAGAACGUUGCCGUCUAUGACGUACUCAAAGUCGUCAAAUCUGAGGACUUGGGAAAGGUAAAUUACGAAGAAGAGAUCGAAAAACGCAAUCAAACGGUUUUUGUGCCCAAUUGGUUCACGGUGGAUCUCAAAACGGGCAUGCCGACGAUCGUGUUGGGGCAAGAUGAGGUCGAUUGUUUUGCCGCUUGGGUCUCGGCGGAAGCAGGAUUGCCCGAACAACCUGAACUAGGCUCCGAUUUGAAAGUUAAUUACGGGCAACUUUUGCUCCAAGCACUUUUUGAGCAUUGGAGACCCCAUAACCUGAUGCCGGCAGAGCUCAAAAACGAAGUUAGGGGCAACGAAUAUUUCAAAAUCCCGCUGCAUACCCCGAUUAUUCUCAGUGAAGUUGGGGGCAGAACACUUUGUCGCCUGUUAGUUCGUGAUGCAGCUGGAGAAACGGACUCGGUAUUGCUUCAGGACACAGUCCCGAGUUUCGUGACAGAUGUCGUUAUUGAACGAGCGACACCUAAAUUCAUCAAAAUUCCCUUUUACUUGCUGCCGCAUUCGUCGAUGGCAAAGUCGAUCAAUAUGAAAAAAGACCGUUUAAUCGCUAACGAGUUCAUUCAGUGUCGAAAGGUGUGCGAACAUGUGUUGGAGAAAAUCUUGGGACCGGAAAUGGCGACAGUCAAUAGCGGAAGUGGAAAUGUCGCGGGCGCCGGAAAUAAUUCGAAUUCGUCGCAGGGGUCGCAAAACGAGCAGAAUUUGACGGAGGGACAAACGGCGGCGGAGAAAAAGAUUGAAUUAUUGUGUAAUGAUGUGGUGUGUGAUCCGUCGAUGGAUUUGAGGACCGUCAAGCAGUUUAUUUGGAAAUGCUCGUCCGAUUUGACUUUUUUGUACAAGAUGAAGUCCAGUGUUACAUGAUAGUUUGAGGAGAUUUUGUGCUAAAAAGAAAAAAAAGCAGAAAAUGAAAAAAAAUUCUUAAGAAGUAACAUUUAUUUAUAUAUUAAUUGUACGUUCCUCUUCGUUUAAUUUUUUUUUCUUCGUUCAAUUUCUAUAUUUUCUACACUUCAAUGCAUUUCCUUUGUAAUUAAUUAAUUUUUACUAUUUUUUAGUUUGAUAGUAAUUUCCUUCUUAGUUCGUAGAAAAAAAAUUGUAAGUUUUUCAAAAAAACAUGAAAUGUUCGAA